UAUCAUAGAGAUACAUUAUAUUAACAUCAAUGAGCAUGAAGAAAGAUGAAGAAGGGAUGAAUGAAAAUCCAAAAGAAGCAAUAUUUCUAGAGAGGAUUUGGGCAAACUACAUAUGUGAUGAACCCUUAAACAUUGAAGAAAAUUGGAUAGCAAUAGCUUGUUUACAUCAACAACUACAAGAGAAGGAUAAUCUUAUCAACACGGGGGCGGAUAAUAACCUUAAUAUUAUUGAACAACAAGAACAAAAUGGAAGAAUGACAAUGAUGAGAGAUCAAAAAGUAACAAGCAAAAGUAGCAGACACUAUAGGGGUGUGAGAAGACGACCAUGGGGGAAGUACGCUGCUGAGAUAAGAGACUCUUCAAAGAAAGGAGCUCGAGUUUGGCUUGGGACUUUUAAUACUGCUGAAGAAGCUGCCUUGGCUUAUGAUAGGGCUGCUUUUCAAAUAAGAGGCCCUAAAGCUUUUCUUAACUUUCCACUUCAAACCACCACCAACAACAACAAUUCUAUUCAUUCCUUGGAAUUGGAUCACCAACCACCAUUCAAUAAUGCUCAAUUUCCUCUACUUGAGUUGGAAGAUCUUGGCCCUGACAUCUUGGAAAAUAUGUUGGCUUCUAUUGUUUGAUUUUAUCCAUCAUUUUAUAUUUUAAUCUAUGUUACUCUUAGUCAUUUUUAUGUUUUCUGAUCAAACUCUUAUAUAUUGUGUCAACUUUAUUUAAUAUUGUUAUAUUUGCA